GAUAUUUUUGUUUCAAUAGUCUGAAAAUUCACUUUAAUCUCUUGUUUCCAUAGGAAACAUCUGUCGCUCUCCAAUAGCUGAAGCAGUUUUUAGAAAACUUGUAACUGAUGAAAAAGUUGAACAUAAGUGGAGGAUAGACAGUGCAGCAACAUCUACCUAUGAAAUAGGAAGCCCUCCUGACUAUCGAGGACAGAAUUGCAUGAAGAAGCAUGGCAUUCCCAUGAAUCAUAUUGCCAGGCAGGUUAUUAAAGAGGAUUUCCAGACCUUUGAUUAUAUACUUUGCAUGGAUGAGAACAAUCUAAGAGAUCUGAACAGGAAAAGCAACCAAGUUAAAGACUGCAAGGCCAAAAUUGAGCUACUUGGAAGUUAUGAUCCACAGAAACAGCUUAUUAUUGAAGAUCCGUACUAUGGGAAUGAAAAGGACUUUGAAACUGUUUACGAGCAGUGUCUUAGAUGUUGUAAAGCAUUUUUGGAGAAACCUCAUUAAUGCUUCAUCAUUUAAUUUCUAAAAGAAAAUAAUUAGCUUUUCCUCAAAUAUGUAAAGUUUACUUGAUUGAUACAUUUAAAUUGUAAAAUUAUGCCUCUGUGUUCAAUACUUAUUCAGUUGAAUUUUGUAUUUUAGCUUUUCUGUCAUCUAAUGAAAAAAUAUAGAAAGGUUUUAAUUGGAUUACACGAUCAACCAUUUUGUCACUCAUCAGUGUAGUAAUAAAGUAUAUAAUUCAGGAUUAAUUUAUCUGUAAACUCUUCAGUGCUUUCUCACAAGCACUGCAAAAGUAACAUCUUGCUUCUUUAUGUGCUGUAUUAACUAAACUGAGGUCUUGUCAUUGUGUCCUUAGUGAGUUAACUUCAGUCAGCUUUCAGUGGGAAUCUGAGAUAAUGGUUGAUGUGUAACUGGGAUGUGUCAGUAUCAUGAGGCAGCCUUUGAAUGGAAGGUGUUCCUGUUUCACAGGAAGCCUUCUAGACUCAAAGAACUGCUGCCUGACAGACAUUGCUCUUAGCACUAUUUGAAAGCUUAAGCAAGCAAAACCUCCUUGUGUGUCAUCAGGAUCCAGUGAAAAUAGCUUUUUCUGUCAGUUUAAAUCCUUAGGUAGUCAAAGAAGAAAUAAUUUUUGUUCCAGUUCACUUUUAUACUAUUGAAGAUGAACAAAGUUCAGAAACUGAUUAGGACUUCUGGUCUUCCUUUGGUCUUCUGGGUGAUUCGUAGCACACUGACACAAGCACAUGAAACAUAGCAUUUACUUUGAUGACAAAAAAAAUAAAAGCUGAAAUGUGAAAUCACAUUUUGUAUCUUAUAGUAGUAAAAUACUCAAAUCCAUGCAAUAUAAUAGAUGAGAAACUUGCUAUAAUUCCAGUUCCUACAUGAGGGUCAGACAGUAUUUACAGAUUUACUCAGGAGAAUGGACAGCCUGUCAGAAGUGUUCUCUGAGAGCAUAGUUCAACCCAAACGGAGUUCAUCUGUACUGUAGUACAAAGUAAACCAAAGGCCAGUAAGUAGAUAGUUCUGCUCUUGGACAAAAUGCUUUGUAAAAAUCUGUACCUGCUUGUCUGAACAUCACCUUUCUUGUCUGCCUUAGAAAUGUAAAUGCACUGAGAUCAGUAAUGUAACUGGUACCAUGAUGAUUUUUCCUAUUUUGACUAGUAUCAGCAUUGGUAUGGACUAGCAUUACCACAUUAUCUGUAAAACUGGAUCUAUAAAAUUUGGUUUCAUAUUUAUUUAGCCUUUUUUUGUGUCUCUUCCUGCCUUCCAAAGUAGUAGUCUCUGUAUUUGUAGCCUACUUUAUCUUCUGGGGGAGAGAUGUAUUUCAAUAGAGGAUACUGUUACUCCUGGGGAAGUUGGAAUCCUGGUGUCACUCUGUGUGUGUUGAAGCCUUCACCAUAGGAAUUAAAUUUCUUGGGACUUUUGCUGUAGAACA